GCCCCGCGCGGCGAGCUGACGUCAGACGCCGCGCUGUCCUUAGCCCGCGCACCCGGAUGUGAGUCCCUUUUGCUCCCCCGGAAGAUGGCGGGUGAGAAGGCGCCCGCGGAGAAGAAGCCAGCUGAGAAGAAGCCGGCCAAGAAGAAGGCAGGGGAGAAGAAGCCGGCGGAGCAGAAGCCAAUCCAGAAGGCAGCAGGGGACAAGAAGAAGAGGGUGAAGAAGUACCAUGCCAGCCGUAACCCCACCCUGGCCCGGGGCAUCGGGAGGUAUUCCCGCUCAGCCAUGUACGCCAGGAAAGCCUUGUACAAGCGCAAGUACACAGCCCCAGAGACAAAGAUAGAGAAGAAGAAGAAGGAAAUGCCCCGUGCCACCAUCACUAAGCCAGUGGGUGGAGACAAGAAUGGAGGCAGCCGGGUGGUUAAAAUCCGGAAAAUGCCCAGGUACUACCCCACGGAGGACGUUCCCCGGAAGCUGUUGAGCCAUGGCAAGAAGCCGUUCUGCGAGCACAAGCGGCGCCUGCGGGCGUCCAUCACCCCCGGCACGGUGCUGAUCCUGCUCACCGGCCGGCACCGCGGCAAGCGUGUUGUGUUCCUGAAGCAGCUUGAUACUGGCCUUCUGCUUGUUACAGGCCCCCUGGCUGUCAACCGUGUCCCUCUGCGUCGGGCCCACCAGAAAUUUGUUAUCGCCACAUCCACAAAGGUGGAUCUCACUGGGGUGAAAAUUCCCAAGCAUCUCACUGAUUCCUACUUCAAGAAGAAGAGGCUGCGGAAGCCCAAGCACCAGGAAGGAGAGAUCUUUGACACUGAGAAAGAAAAAUAUGAGCUGACAGAGCAGCGCAAGGCAGACCAGAAGGCCGUGGAUUCCCUGAUCCUGGCACGGAUCAAGAAGGUGCCUCAGCUCCGGGGGUACCUGCGCUCCACAUUCUCUCUCUCAAAUGGAGUUUAUCCUCACAAAUUGGUGUUCUGAGCCUUCUGGAAGCACCACAUUAAACUCCAAGGGAAAAAAAGAAAAAGCAA